AUGCCUAGAUGGCGGCGCUGUUAGAAGACAGGGAGCUGCAGGGAAUCAGACAUCGUUUUCACCUGCAGGCGGAGGCUCUGCUCCGGGAGACAAGGAGCAGGGAGCCCGUAGAUAUUUAUGAUGAUGAAAAGAAAGAGGAGAAGCCACUCCCCAGACUCAAUUUUCAUUCUGUGUUCUGGAUAUUGGCAGCUGCUUCACUCACGUACUAUGUUGAUUUUGUUCAAGAUACUUUACAAGAAGGCUGUUGGUGGUUUUACACUGGGACUUUUACGCUAGCUGCCAGUUUAUCCAUUGCAUUGUAUUGCAUCCUUUAUCUGGAAUGGCAUUGUGGGUUCAGUGAUUACGAUACCAGGUAUCCUGCAUUAGUUCCCAUCGCGAUAACUACUUUUAUAGCCACAGCGAUCUGCUACAGUGUUUCCCUAUGGUCAACCUGGUCAUUUUUUACUCCGUUGUUACUUUUUACUCAAUUUAUGGGAGUUGUGAUGCUGGUUUCUCUACCAGGUUGAACCCAUGAAGUUACUUACGUACUGAUGAAGACUUGGAGUGGAGAUGCAGUCUGCUUUUUGUUAAGCUUUCUAUCACAGAUACAUACUUGGCAUGGCAUGAAAAGGACUAGAAUUUUGUGAAU